CUCGACAGGCAGCCACUACAGUUUACACGACUGUAUUUCAUGCAAUAAUCCGCAACAAAUGGAAUCAUGUUCUUGGGUCACACAACAGAUAAUUCUUCGUGGAACCCAGCCCGCGGGGCCUCUAGUUAUACCUAAUGAUACACCUGCGGCAGAUCGCGGGCAGAGCGCGGGCGCCUGUGAAACAAUAUUCAAUUGUCGCAGGCCUUUUUUCGUGUGCUGUUUCGCGUCCGCGCCAGUGUGUAACCCACAAUGUUCAACUCAUCAGUGCACAGCGGACACCAUCGCUAGAGCGUCACGUUUCUGGGUUGUCCAAUCUGCGUACCCGGCAAGGGACGCACUCAUUCACGUGUCGGACUGUGCUACUUCCUAAAACGCAGAUCCGGACUGCCUUUCGUCAUGAAGGCCCCGAACCGCGGCGUCGCAAAGCCGUCCCCGUCUUUGACGACCCCCGCGAUGACCCGCGGAUCAGAGACGCAGAGCCUCUUGUGACACCAGAGCAGAUCUCGCGCUUUUACCGGUCACCCAGACUGCACACCGUCGUGGUGGUGUGCUUCCUCGCCGCGAUCGCUUUUUACUACGCCAACAUCGAGACGGUCCCAGUGUCGGGGCGAAAACGUUUCAACUGCCACAGCGACAAGACGGUCCGCGAGCUGAGUGAGCAGCAGUUCGAGGUGCUAAUGAAUGAGUUCCGGCACGCAGGUGUGAGGUUUCUCCCGCUCUGGGAUGCGCGGUCGCGCAUGGUCAAACGGGUCAUGGAUCGCCUCAAGCCAGUCAGUGGCAUGGAUGAUAUUGAAUGGGAUUUUUUUGUGAUUGAUGACCCGGGAAAUGCAAACGCUUUUGUUCUUCCUUGUGGCAAGGUGUUUGUGUUUAGCGGCAUCUUCAGGCACGCCCACACAGAAGAUGCACUCGCUGCAGUCCUCGGCCACGAGAUAGCUCACAACCUUGCCAGUCAUGCUGCGGAGCAAAUGUCUGCCAGCAUUGGGACCAACGUUCUGUUUUGGAGCGUGGCAAUAUUGACAUUUGGACUCUUCACCAUACCCGUAAUGUAUGGCGCCGGCGUCCUCAAGUUUCUCUUCGAGUCGCCCAUGAGUCGAAUGCAAGAGACCGAAGCCGACCAGAUUGGCCUCUUGAUGAUGGCCGAGGCGUGUUAUGACCCACGCCAGGCUAUACCUUUCUGGAGAAGUAUGCAGCAGUACCAAGGGUUACAUGAGCCGCCAGAGUGGCUCAGUACACAUCCCUCGCAUCAAUCCCGAAUCGAAAACAUCCAAAAGAUGCUCCCAUUGGCUCUGGAAAAGAGAGAACAGAGCGAUUGCAGGGGAACUCAAGGGUUUGCAGAGUCGUUCAAGAGGGCCAUGCGCCGCGGAGAGAUUAUCACGUUAUACCCGACGAGAUAUGUCUGAAUACCUGCACUGGUCUUUUUUUAGAAGAUUAUAUCACUAUUACAAUGCAGCCAACAUCUAAAUCUCAUUAUUGGUUGAGCCUGUGAUAAAGCAUCUCAUGCAUUGGCCAAUUAAUUCUAGGGAUGUUUUUAUCUCGGAAAUCAUGUGGCAAAUACGAGAUAACAAAUAAUUAAGACACUC